UACCUACAAAACUCCCCCACUCCACAGUCACUUUCCUCCUCCAUCAAAUCUUCACACUCUCUCCAUUUUCUCUCUCCAUUUUCUCUCUCCUUCGUUGAAUUCACUUCCACUGUUCUUCAGUUUUUCUUCUUCUUCUUCCUUCUUCCCCAUUUCUCUCGCCUGCUGAAUCCCACCCAGUUCCUGAAAUUUGUCUGCGCUUCUUCAAUUUUGCGGCGAUUCGAUCCCCUUUUCGUUUUCUCUUCCGUCCUCUUCGCCGGAACUCUUGCUUCUUUGUCUCCCUUUCACUUUCCCACUUUCCACUCUCUUCUUCAUGCCACUCUUCCUUUAUCCUCUGAAUCCCCAACCAAUUCUCCUCUUUCUUCUCCAGAUCUGACCCUUGGUCCGCCGGAUCCGUGCCCACCAACCCCGGAUAUGGAGGAAGCAUUGGAGCUGGCUCGUGCCAAGGACACCAAGGAGCGCAUGGCCGGUGUUGAACGCCUCUAUGAACUUCUUGAAGCUUCUAGAAAGAGCUUGAAUUCCGCCGAGACUACGGCCUUGGUUGAUUGCUGCCUCGAUCUUCUCAAGGAUAACAACUUUAGGGUUUCUCAGGGUGCUCUCCAGGCUUUGGCUUCUGCUGCUGUGCUCUCCGGUGAGCAUCUUAAACUGCAUUUCAAUGCUCUUGUCCCUGCCGUUGUUGAGCGAUUGGGUGAUGCCAAGCAGCCUGUGAGAGAAGCUGCUAGGAGGCUCUUGCUCACUCUCAUGGAGAUUUCUUCGCCAACAAUCAUCGUUGAAAGAGCUGGCUCUUAUGCAUGGUCACAUAAGAGUUGGAGAAUACGAGAGGAAUUCGCAAGAACUGUUACAUCAGCCAUUGGUUUAUUUGCAUCAACUGAGCUUACACUUCAGCGGGCCGUUCUACCUUCGAUUUUGCAGAUGUUGAAUGAUCCAAAUCCUGGAGUUAGGGAAGCAGCUAUAGUCUGUAUUGAGGAGAUGUAUACACAGGCUGGGCCACAGUUGCGUGAUGAGCUUCAGCGCCAUCACCUCCCUACCUAUAUGGUGAAAGAUAUUAAUGCCCGUUUAGAAAAAAUUACACCUCAAGUUCGGUCCUCAGAAGGACUUACAGGGAGUUUUUCCGUUGGGGACAUGAAGCCUGUAAAUAUUAACUCUAAGAAAAAUAGUCCCAAGGCUAAAAGUUCCAACAGAGAGGUCUCUCUUUUUGGAGGAGAAAGUGAUGUAACUGAAAAGCAGAUAGAUCCUGUCAAAGUGUAUUCGGAGAAGGAACUAAUAAGGGAAAUUGAGAAGAUAGCGUCUAUCCUUGUUCCAGAUAAAGAUUGGUCUAUUCGCAUAGCAGCCAUGCAGAGAGUAGAGGGCCUUGUUUCUGGAGGUGCUGCUGACUAUCCAUGUUUUAAGGGAUUGUUGAAACAACUGGUUGGACCUCUCAGUACUCAAUUAUCUGACAGAAGGUCUAGCAUAGUGAAACAGGCUUGCCAUUUGUUAUGCUUUUUGUCCAAGGAACUUUUGGGAGAUUUUGAAGCCUGCGCUGAAAUGUUUAUACCUGUCCUUUUCAAGCUGGUUGUAAUUACUGUACUUGUAAUUGCGGAGUCUGCUGAUAAUUGCAUAAAAACGAUGCUACGUAACUGUAAGGUUUCACGUGUGCUUCCUCGCAUAGCUGAUAGUGCAAAACGUGAUCGAAGUGCUGUACUACGUGCACGGUGUUGUGAAUAUGCACUUCUCAUUCUUGAGCAUUGGGCUGAUGCACCUGAGAUACAGCGAUCUUCUGAUUUGUAUGAGGAUCUUAUCAGGUGUUGUGUUGCUGAUGCAAUGAGUGAGGUUCGAGCAACUGCACGAGUAUUAUACAGGAUGUUCGCGAAAACUUGGCCAGAGCGUUCAAAACGAUUAUUUUCCUCAUUUGACCUUGUGAUUCAAAGGUUAAUUAAUGAAGAGGAUGGGGGUAUACAUAGGCGACACGCUUCUCCAUCUGUUCGUGAUAGAGGUACAAUGAUGUCACUCAACUCUCAAACAUCUACUGGUUCAAGCUUACCUGGAUAUGGAACUUCUGCUAUUGUUGCAAUGGAUAGAAGUUCAAGUUUAUCAUCUGGGACAUCGCUCUCUUCUGGACUUCUGUCUCAGUCAAAGACUUUUGUUGAUGGUUCUGAACGUAGUUUGGAGAGCGUGUUGCAUUCAAGCAAACAGAAGGUCAAUGCAAUUGAAAGCAUGCUCAGAGGCUUGGAUUUAUCUGAGAAACAUAAUGGAAAUCUUCGAUCAUCUAGUUUGGAUCUAGGAGUUGACCCUCCAUCAUCUCGUGAUCCACCCUUUCCUCAAGCUUUACCCGCAUCUAAUCAUUUCAGUAACUCUUCUACAGCUGAUCUAACUGCGUCAAAUAUGAAUAAAGGAAGGAGCCGCCAAGGUGGAUUGGGUUUAUCUGAUAUCAUCACUCAAAUUCAAGCUUCCAAAGGUUCUGGUAAAUUGUCACAUCGCAGCAAUGUGGUUAAUGAACCUUUGUCUAUUUUUUCAUCUUACUCAGCGAAGCGGGUUGUUGACCGACACCAGGAAAGGGGUUUUGUUGAAGAGAAUAAUGAUAUUAGAGAGGCUAAGCGGUAUAUUACCCCACAAAUUGAGAAGAAUUACUUGGAUGCAUCUUAUAGGGAUGGGAAUUACAAGGAUUCUCAUAAUAGUUAUAUUCCCAAUUUCCAGAGACCACUGUUGAGAAAGAAUGCAGCUGGGCGAAUGUCUGCAACUAGGCGUAGGAGUUUUGAUGAUAGCCAACUACCACUUGGGGAAAUGUCAAGUUACGUUGACAGUCCAGCUUCUCUCAGUGAUGCUCUUAGCGAGGGUCUUAAUCCAUCUUCUGACUGGUGCACUAGGGUUGGCACCUUCAAUUAUCUUCAGUCUCUGCUGCAGCAGGGUCCAAAAGGAAUACAAGAAGUGCUUCAAAAUUUUGAGAAGGUAAUGAAGUUGUUUUUCCAGCACUUGGACGACCCACACCAUAAAGUUGCACAGGCAGCACUUUCAACACUGGCCGAUAUAAUUCCAACCUGCCGAAAGCCAUUUGAGAGCUAUAUGGAGAGGAUCUUACCCCAUGUUUUCUCUCGGUUGAUUGAUCCAAAGGAGUUAGUUAGGCAACCCUGCUCGACAACUUUGGAAAUCGUUAGUAAAACUUAUAGUACUGAUUCUCUCUUACCUGCUUUACUCCGUUCUUUGGAUGAACAGCGGUCCCCAAAGGCAAAGCUGGCUGUUAUCGAGUUUGCUAUCAAUUCUUUUAAUAAGCAUGUAGUGAGUUCCGAGGGCUACAGUAAUAAUGGCAUCCUAAAGUUAUGGCUUGCGAAAUUGACACCAUUGGUUUAUGAUAAAAACACCAAGUUGAAGGAAGCAGCCAUUACAUGUAUUAUAUCUGUUUAUUCACACUUUGAACCAGCGGCUGUCUUGAAUUAUAUUCUUAGCCUAUCAGUUGAAGAACAAAAUUCCUUGAGGCGAGCCCUUAAACAAUAUACACCUCGCAUUGAGGUGGACUUGAUGAACUUCUUACAGAACAAGAAAGAACGUCAACGACCCAAAUCCUUGUAUGACCCAUCUGAUGUAGUUGGAACAUCUUCGGAGGAAGGGUAUGUUAGCAUGUCCAAAAAGAGUCAAUUCUUUGGUAGAUAUUCAGCUGGUUCUCUUGAUGAUGAGAGUGGUAGGAAGUGGAAUAUGAACCAGGAAUCAACCCUAGUAACAAGGAGCAUUGGUCAAGUUACAUCUGAUGAACUUCACGAGAAUUUGUACCACAAUUUUGAUUCUGGUUCCAGCAAUGAUUUUAUUAAUAUGAAAACCAAAGAUGUGCAUUAUUUGGAAAAUUCCACACAACAGAACCUGGGCUCACAGACAAGUCUGGUGGAUAAUGUUGAUAAUAGUGUUAAUAUUGAUGAUUUGUCUUCCCUGCAUUUGGUUAAUGGCGAGAUUGACGACGAUCACUUAGGAAUUGCUGAAAACAUUGCAUACAACGAAGAGGCUUCACUAGAACUCGAUUCUCAUCAACACAAAACUAAAACUGUCAACUCCAUGUUGGACAUAGGCCCUAGCAUUCCUCAAAUUCUUCACCUGAUCAGUACUAGCAAUAGUGAAAGUCCUUCUGCAAGCAAAUGCAGUGCACUUCAGCAGUUAAUUGAAACUUCCAUAAAUAGUGAUCCAUCCAUUUGGACCAAGUACUUCAAUCAAAUUUUGACAGUGGUAUUGGAAGUGUUGGAUAAUUCUGAUUCCUCUGUACGUGAGCUUGCUCUUUCAUUGAUAACUGAAAUGAUUAAGAAUCAGAGGGAUUCUAUGGAAGAUUCUGUUGAAAUCGUGAUUGAGAAACUGCUUCAUGUUACCAAGGACAUUAUUCCCAAAGUAUCAAAUGAUGCAGAGCAUUGCCUGACUAUUGUGUUAUCUCAGUAUGAUCCAUUCAGAUGCUUAAGUGUCAUUGCUCCUUUGUUAGUUACCGAGGAUGAGAAAACUCUUGUUACCUGCAUCAACUGCUUGACAAAGCUUGUAGGUCGGCUCUCGCAAGAAGAGUUGAUGUCACAAUUGCCCACUUUUUUGCCUGCUCUCUUUGAAGCAUUUGGACAUCAGAGUGCUGAUGUAAGGAAGACUGUUGUAUUCUGUCUCGUUGACAUCUACAUAAUGCUUGGGAAACAAUUUUUGCCACAUUUGGAAGGACUCAACAGCACUCAACUACGUUUGGUUACAAUUUACGCCAAUCGAAUUUCGCAAGCUAGGACGGGAACCACCAUUGACGCCAAUCAUGAUUAGGGAGUUUGGUUGCGUGUAAUGUAAUUUCUGAUGUGAAGAAGUGUUCGUAUAUUCCAUUCCUUGGUGUAAUUCUGUAUAUUGUGUGCAUACAUUAUGGAGGCUUUCUGUCCAUUGGCCUAUAUUUUUUUUUUACCCAUUAUAUAUUCUUUUCUGUCAUUUCAUUUUUCUAGAUGCCAGUUUGGUUUGGAGUCCAGAGUGUUUGAUACCCAUUAUGAAAUUCAAAUUACUGUGCCCAAUUUUGUAUUUUACUGUUCCAGAGUAUUAUUUAUAUGUUAUUGGAUGGGGGAGGGGCUUGAAUUUUAUUUUA